GUUCCAGAAAUAUAACGGCGUACUCAAAAAAUAUACUCUCAUAAAAAAAACAAUGCCCUCUCAAACCCCCCAAGACCUGAGGGACCUCCAACAGCCGUUAAUUCACCAUGCUAAUGAUAAAUCAAACGGCUCAGAGAAGCUCACCAUUGAUGAGAUGCUUCAAAAAUAUUGCGGCGAAUUUGGUAGGUGGCAAUUACGGCAUUUUGUAUUAACAAGUCUAGCAUGGGCCUUAGAGGCAUUCCAUACUAUGGUUAUGAUCUUUGCUGACCGCGAGCCUCGGUGGUGGUGCACUGGACCGGGUUGUCAAGCCCAGACUCAAGUAUGUGGACUACCACCGGGCUCGUGGGAUUGGGUUGACGGGUUCGGCAGCUCUACGGUUGCGGAGUGGGGGUUGGUUUGCGGUGACAAGUAUAAGGUGGGAUUGGUGCAGUCAAUAUUUUUCUUCGGCUGCAUGAUAGGAGCAGGAAUAUUUGGGCAUCUAUCAGAUUCAUCCCUAGGAAGGAAAGGAUCAUUAAGCAUUAUAUGCUUAUUGAAUGGGAUCCUGGGGUGCCUGACUGCGCUUUCCCCAAACUACGGCGUCUACACCAUCCUUCGAUUCUUAAGUGGGCUUGGCACUGGUGGGGUUGGUAUGUGUGCCUUUGUUCUAGCCACUGAGCCAAUUGGAGCAACCAAACGUGGGGUUGCUGGUAUGUCAACCUUUUAUUUCUUCUCAACAGGCAUUGCUCUUUUAUCUGGAAUUGCAUACACUUUCCCAUCAUGGAGAUCCCUCUACGUAGCAUCCUCAAUACCUUCACUCCUCUUCAUCACAAUUGUCAUUCCUUUUCUGUCGGAAUCUCCUAGAUGGUACCUUGUACGAGGUAAAACCAAGGAAGCCAUGGAAGUCAUGCGUCAAAUGGCACUUACUAAUGGAAGAACAAUUCCACUAGGUGUGGAGCUUACACUCGAUGAUAAUGCAUAUGCAAACAAGACCAAUCACAUUGAAACCCAUAAAAUAGAUGACAUAUUACUCCAAGGAAAGGAGGCAAUUGCAAUAAAUGGGUCUUUAAUCGACGUCCUAAAGUCACCUGUCACAAGAGUACGCCUUUACUUAGCCUUUAUGAUCAACUUUUGUUGUGCGGUUGUAUAUUAUGGACUUAGUCUAAAUGUUGUCAAUCUCGACACCAACCUGUACCUGAAUGUACUCCUCAACGCGGUUGCUGAAAUGCCUGCCUUCACAUUAACUGCUAUGAUGUUGGAUAAGUUCGGAAGGAAGCCAUUGACGAUUGGAACAAUGUGGUUUAGUGGGGUGUUUUGCUUGUUAGGGAUCAUGAUGAACAAGAGUUAUGGAAUGUUGAGGAUGAUAUGUGGAAUAUUAGGGAUAUUUGCUAUGGCAGGAACUUAUAACCUGUUGUUCAUUUAUACAGUAGAGUUGUUCCCUACGGUGGUCAGGAAUGCGGCCUUAGGAUGUGUUACACAAGCGUCUCAAAUGGGAGCUAUAUUAGCCCCGCUUGUGGUAGUCAUGCCUACAACAUUUCCUUUCAUCGUCUUUUCGGUAUGUGCUUUUGUUGGUGGUUUGCUUGGAUUUUUGUUGCCUGAGACGUUGAAUCAACCCUUGUAUGAUACCAUGGCCGCUUUGGAGGAGGGUCAAGCCAUUUCAACUCACAUUUUCAAUUCAAGUUAAAUUAGCUCCUUUUUCUAUCAUUUUUAUUUUCACCUCAAUUAAUUGCUUUUACAAUUUUGCUGAAUUUUCUACUCUGUAACAUGUUUUCAGUCUCAAGUUUAUCACUUUAUCUACUAAUUCCAAUUCAACAAUUCAUGCAAUUUCCCAAUUUACAACUUAAAUUAAUA